AUGGACGCCGACGGAGCAGAUAGGAGUUGUAAAAGUUUCUUCGUGGCAGUUCACGUCGGCGCUGGGUUUCACUCGCCGUCGAACGAGAGAGCUCUCAGGUCUGCCAUGAAUCGAGCCUGCCUCGCCGCCGCCUCUGUCCUCCAAAAGAUAAUGGACGCCGACGGAGCAGAUAGGAGUUGUAAAAGUUUCUUCGUGGCAGUUCACGUCGGCGCUGGGUUUCACUCGCCGUUGAACGAGAGAGCUCUCAGGUCUGCCAUGAAUCGAGCGUGCCUCGCCGCCGCCUCUGUCCUCCAAAAGGUCUGUGUGUGUGUUACUUAA